CGGAGCCGAGCGGGCGGGGUUUCCAGCGCUGCGGUGGAAUGCUGGGGGUUCGCUGCUUUGCCGGCGGUGGGCAGGAAUCUGGAAGGGGUUCCUGCGUCUGCCAACCUGCAGCGGAAGAAGAACGCCCUUCCUCAAUUCUCUGGAGCUCAGAGAUGUGGCCCAGGGGAGGGGACUGUGGCUAGUUAAGGAGGCCAUGCUUGAUGUUGCUUCCAGGUCCCAUGUCAACACCAAGUCCUCAGCUGCUGGUGGCAGCUGCUCAGCAGACCUUGGGCAUGGGAAAGAAACGGAGUCCGCCGCGAGCUGCCUGCCUUCACCUAGCAGGAGAGGUGCUGGCUGUGGCCCGGGGAUUGAAGCCAGCUCUGCUCUAUGAUUGCAACUGUGCAGGGGCAUCAGAGCUCCAGAGCUAUCUGGAGGAGCUGCUGGGCCUGGGCUUCCUGUCUCAGAGACUUCACAUCCUUGAGAUUGGAGAAAACAGCCUGAUUGUCAGUCUUGAGCACGUAUGUCAACACUUGGAGCAGGUGUUGCUUGGUACUAUAGCCUUUGUGGAUGUUUCCAGCUCCCAACCUCAUCCUUCUAUCUGCUUCCUGGACCAGCUUCAAGACUUGAAGGCCCGCGUGGCUGAGAUUAUCAUGCAUUUGCAGGGGCUACAGAGGGACCCAUCCCUGGCCGUCUCCUCCAGCAGGCUCUGUUCCUCAGAUUGGAAUCUCUGUACUGUGUUUGGGAUCCUCCUGGGCUAUCCCGUCUCCUAUACCUUUCACCUGAACCAGGGAGAUGACAACUGCUUAGCCCUGACCCCAUUACGGGUGUUCACUGCCCGGAUCUCAUGGAUGCUCGGUCAACCCCCAGUCUUGCUCUAUUCCUUUAGUGUCCCAGAGAGCUUGUUCCCAGCCCUCAGGGACAUUCUAAAUACUUGGGAGAAGGACCUUAGAACUCGAUGUGGGACUCAGAGUGACAUUGCUGACCUCAGCAUUUCCUCUGAGAUAGUCACACUGCCGGCCGUGGCCCUCUGACUUUAACUCUUUUCCCAUGUAGAAGUUACUGAAGAAAUGAUUAGCUUUAGGUCAGGGAUGGUAAAUAGGAGUCAUCUCAAGUGGUAAUUCUGAGCAUCUUGAGAACAUGAGGGAAGAAUGCUAUAAUCAGUUGGCCACAUCUGCAGUGGGCAUGGGAAUACAUGGCAGUGGCGGUAGCAUUGGUAGGACAUAUUUGCUGUUUCUAUACUAUGGAGUCCUCUUAGCUGAGUUGUCUAUUUUUCACUGGAUAGGAGAUAGAAGGAAAGAGGUUGUGGAGAAGAAGAAGGGUGCUGGAGGACAAGUAGCUCACCCUUGUAUGGUAGUGCUUAAAUAUACCUGCUGGAUGUGGGUAGUGUCUGCUAGAAAGUAGAAGGACUGGGCUUCACUGAGUGUUUAUAGUCCUCCAACUGAAUUGGACUGGGGAGAGUAGACCAGGAUGUUGAAGUGUCUUUUUUGUGAUGUGAUGUCAUUCGGAAAUAAACUGAGAGUUCUGAGGAAAA